GUAGCCUAGACAAUGUGAUACUCCAUGGACACACCCUCUUUACUAUUACUGGCGGUGGGUUCCGGUCUGAAGUAUUCAAUCCAAUUGAAAAAAUUAUAUGGCCCUCCUACAAAACCUCUAAAGUUCGUAUGGAAUCCAUCCAUCACCAUCAACCACCAUGCCCAACACCAGACGCGGUAUUUAAGCAAGUAAAGGAGCUUCAUCCUACAAGAAACCAGGCGAAAGGAGCGACCCUCGACAAGGGCAUCUCACGGGCGGGGUUCCACGACAUGCUCAUAGUCCGUGCCGAUGAAUGGAGGGCCUCUAUAACAUGUUGCCAGUGCGGCGACCCCCGGAGCUGACGUGUCCACAGCAACAACAGCAACAACAGCAACAGCAACAACAGCAACAGCAACA